CUACAAUUUCAAAAUCGAGAUCCCAAUUUCGUUCGUGCUCCUCCCUCCCCCCUAGGGUUCUUACAUUCUCCCAAUCAAUCCCUUUCCGGCCAUGGAUACCCAACCACUCCCUCUUGAAUCAGCUCCUGAAUCCGAAACUGGGCUUGAAACGGAGCUGAAGAAGCAAAAACGCGAGGAAGCCGGUGAGAGCAACGACGACGAGGUCGGCGAUGAAUGGGAGGACGACGAGGAUGUCGAGAUAGAAAUCGUGGAAGAGGAGGAUGAUGGCACGGUCCGCGAAGUGUUUGUUCAGGCGCCGUCGAAGCCUUUGAUCUGGUAUCCCGAAGACAAGGCCGGGCAGGAGAAGUUAAAGCUCUUCUAUGAUACGAUUCUGAAAAGCGAGGGAUUUGAUGUGGGCGAAGAACUUCCUCCGGUGGACAUCAUUGAAUUCGGCGUUCUGCCAGUCAACUUGGAAUCUAAGCGGCAUGGCAACAAUGUCAAGGAGUGUGUGGAUUUCGUGAUUAGGCAACACAAUGAAGACCACAAGGGGGAAUCCGUGCUGAAAGUUGUUAAGAUCGUGAAGGCGAAUUGGGGCUAGUGCUCUGGCAAGAACUACUACAUCACCUUCGAGGCUGCUGACCUGCUGUCGUCUUCUGAUCAUGCUGCUACGAGAACCUAUGAAGCUGAGGUUUAUCGGACCAUUCGUGGCAAACUAUCGACGACUCUGUUCCGCGAGAAAGGCCAGAAACAGAGCAUUCGAGAAAUGGAAGGCCGCCCACGCACCUGCAUGUGAUGAAUGGGAGGAAGGGAGAGAGGUUCAGAGAGUUUAAAGGAAAUGCACAUUCUGCUAAAAAUGUCAAAGGCGAAAAAAAUGCCAUGCAAUGCAAAUGCAUGGCUUGGCUUGGCUUGGCUUUGCUAUCUACGUUUAUAUUACCUAGCGUCAUUCAUUCAUUAAGUAGUUAAUUACCCUUACAUUUGAUUCUAAUUAGGUUGGGAUGUUGACAGAAAAGAUGAAUUUGUUUUUUUUUUCCUGGCAAAAAAGCUACCUUGAAUUAACAAGAAAUUACCAUUGAUCGUACAUUAUUUUAGUGCCACCACAACCAUGACAAACAAUAAUCAAAACCUGCCACAUCUACUUACAACGAGAUGUGAUAAAUUUAAGGAUUUUCU